AUGGGAUACUCGUUAGCUGUUGGGAAGAAGAAUGAGAACCUUCUAUAUUUUACUGGAGCACCAAGAUCUGAACACAUGGGACAGAUCCUACUUUUCAACAAGGUCAACAACAACUGGACUGUGGCACAAAGAUUGUUUGGGGAACAGAUGGGCUCCUACUUCGCAGAGCUGGUUUCUGUGGACAUAGACUGCGGCAACUUAGAUUUCCUCCUGGUGGGGCACCAAUGUUUCACCAAACCACAAGAGGGCAGGAUCUACGUCUACACACUGACUGAUAAGCUGGAACUGAGGAUGGAGAUGAAUGUUUCAGGGCUGUCUCAGGGUAGAUUCGGCUCCUCCAUCUSCUCUCUCACAGACCUGAAUGGAGAUGGGCUGAAGGAUGUAGCUGUGGGGGCUCCACUUGAGGACGAUCACAGGGGGGCCGUGUACAUCUACCUGGGUGAAAAGCUAAAGGGGAUCCGCCCUSAAUUCAGCCAGCGCAUCUCAGCUGUGAUGAUGAGAUCUAAGCUCCAGUUCUUUGGCCAGACGAUUGAUGGGAAGAUGGACCUGGGUGAGGAUGGACUGACUGACAUCGUAGUAGGAGCGCGUGGCGCAGUUGUCGUCUUGAGGUCCAGACCGGUCCUCAGCGUCUCUGCUCAUCUCCACUUCCAUCCCUCGGAGAUCAGCACUGAUAACUUUGACUGUCUGGCAAAAGAGAUCAUUUCCCCCGUGGUCACUUUAACAGCCUGCUUUAACAUGGCAGAGGCAACAAAGAGUAAAGCUGGGGCACUGAGUGCAGGGAUGAACGUCUCCUUACCGCUGGAUGUGCCCUUUGAAAAGAACUGCAAAGAAAAUGAAGCCUGUUUGGCAGAGCUUGAGGUGGACUUCAACUUUAUCACAUCAACUUUAUUAGUGGUGGACCAGAGUUACUUCAACGUGACUAUAAGACUGUCCAAUCAUGGGGAUGACUCCUAYAACACCAGUCUAACCCUCCUCUACCCUCCUGGCCUCUCAUUCUCCAUGAUGCAUCUUCUGAAGUCCACAAGGAGAACUGUGUUCAGCUGUGGUGGUGUGGAAGGUGAAAUGAACAGAACUACAUGCAGUGUCAGCAUACCUGUCUACCGUAGUAAAACUACAGCCGUGUUCACCAGUAAAUUCCAUAUUUUGAAUACAUAUGACUGGAACGACACAAUGGAAAUGACCGUCAUUGGCCUGAGCGACAAUGGAAACUCAACCAAUAGUUCCCUUACCAGGACCAUCCCUGUUCAAUUUGCAGUUGACCUGGUAGCAAAAGCCCUUCCCCAAGACUCCACCACUUACAUGAACUUUACUCUGGAGGACACAUCACCUAAAAGACUGGUGAAUGUAUAUGAGGUCCAGAACUUGGGAUUUAAGUCUGUACCCGUCACAGUCACCUUCACUUUCCCAACUAAGCUUGAGCACAGAUUUGAAAUGAAGGACUACCAAAUAUCUGUCUUACAGAACCAUACUCAAUGUGGAAAGAUKAUCAAUUCAACAACAGAGUACUGCUCUCCAGAAAAAUACUGCAAGUCCAUCGAGUGUGAAAGUUUCCUUUUGGAGAAGUGGACAGUUACAUUUGUGCUGUCUGGAAAUGUUUCCUUCAAGGACCUCGAUCAACAUGCAAGGAGCUUGUCAUUGCCAAAGAAAUUCACUGGGGAUAGAGAAACAGUCAAUUUCAUCAGUUUUGUCAAACUCAGCUAUGACAAAAAACGAUAUGUCCAGACAGCGAGUGACCCAAGGGAUAACUCUUCAAGCUUCCACCAAACACAGAUUGAUGUUCAGGCUGAGCUCAUCAUUCCUCCCCAUAGAGACCUGAUAAUAGGUACAGGAGUUGGAGUAGGACUCUUCCUCCUGAUCAUCAUCACAAUGGCCAUGUAUAUGAUGGGAUGCUUCCAGAGAAAAAGCCUUGAUAAUGAAGAGAAUGAAGGGGAAUAGAGUGAGCAAGAUGACGCUGCUAAGGCUAACAAUGUCUAUGCUAACGCUUUGGAGAAGCAGCCAAAGCCUGAGAGCAGAGCCAAUACCUCUCCUUGUUGACAUUCAGACAGUAAAAAAAUGGCUUCCACGCUAGCAAUGAGGGGGUAAGGGGAGGGACCAAAAGAGAAACAGGAUGUCAGUCAGAUGCAGGCUGAAGUCUAAGCAACAAAAAAAUAAAACUCAGGCUGAUUGACUUAGGAAAUGUACUUGGUAUUGAGACUUAUGUUGCUUCCUUAUGCAGACUGAAUACAUGUAAUUCAACCGCCUAAAACCUUGUUGGCCAACAGAUUUUCUCAUGGAGUUCAUAGUCAAUAGGGUUUUCAGUACAUUUAUCUAAUGUAAAUAUUAUCCAAUAUUUAAUGGAUUGAACUACUGAAUGGCAACAUUCAGGAUUAAUCAAACCAUUAUACUGAGAAGGGCAUACAUUUUCUAAAGGGGGCUGAAUAUUUAAUUACGCACACCUUUCCUACACACUUCUCAGUAGUUGGUAUUCAGACUUAACUUAUGCAGCUGUGCAAUGGGCUUUGCAGGCUUGGUUUCCUUGGGCACACCCGAAUACAUUUAAUUAAACAGCUGAAAACCUUCCCACUUGCUGGCCAACAGAUUUCCUUGUGGAGUUGUCAUUCAAUAGGGUUCAAUACAUUGAUCUUAAGCCAUCCCUUUAAAUACAGUGUUGCUUUAAUUCGAAUUUGUCGACAGACUAGACUACAUAGAGAACGUGUACAGAAUAUAUGGAUCAAUGAAAGAUAGAGAUGAAUGUGCAUAUAAUUAGAUGGCUGUUUCAGCACCAACUGGUAUAUUUAGGGACAUUUUUGGGUUAGAAAAGUAUGACAAAACAAAACAA